UUGACAUUGUACAUUGACUUGUACUCAAUCUCGGACAGGCCAAGAGGCUCCCCCGGCCCCUCCCCGUCUUAUACACUUUUCUAUCCGCGUUUCUCUUUCCGUCUUUCUUCUCUCUCUCUCUCUCUCUCUCUCUCUUUUUCUUCCCUCUCUUCUUUCUUUCCUUUUUUCCUGUUUGUCUUCUUCCGUCUUUUUUCCUCUCUUUUUCGAUUAUUCCGUCUAUUAUCGUUCGUUCACCGCUUGUGUUUCUCUCCGCCGGUUUUUCUCUCUUUCUCAUUCUCUCUUUCUCACACACGGCGACGCAUACGCGUAAACCACCCCGUGUACGAGCGCGCGUGCAGACGCAAAGCAGAGAGAGAGAUAUAUAGACCGUCGUUCGACUUGGUCGCGGCGGUGUACAUAUACACGUACGUGUUACGCGAAGGUGCGCGCGCAUAAUUCAGCGGCCAGCAGCAGCGGGCCAGAGCGGUAGCAGCGAGCUUAACCGGAGUAUAUACAAUCGUCAUCGUCCGUUUUUGCGCGUACGUCGUCGUCGCUCGAUGCACGGAUGCCGUCGUCGCGGCACGCCGGUCGCCGCCAGCGAUAACGCGCGCUACCACCGCAAGCUACCAGGUAUCAGUCGACGUCGCGGCUUCGUCUAUAUGAAAAGAGGCAUCAAGGAGAAAAGGCCGCCCCGCACCGUCGCCGUCGUCAUCGUCGCCGCCGCCGCCGCCGCCGCCGCCGCCGAGAACCACCGUCGUCGUCGCGUCGUCGCCGCCGCCGCCGGCGCAGUCGAUACCACUAGCAGGGUGGGAGAGAGGGUCGACGGGACCACGAGGAACUGAAGUGCGCCGUGAGCGCGACAGUCCCGCGCUCUCGGUACGACGACAGUGGCACCCCUCGGGUAGCAGAAGGUGAAGAAGGCGGGCGAAGAGCACCGCGCGGAGUGGUAUUAAGCAGCAGCACAGUGGCCCGAUGAAGCGGCGUAUGUGACAUCGGGUUUUCCUCUCUCUUGCCACCGUCGAGGAAGAAGAGACACCUCGCAGACAUCUUGCUGCCACCGUCCACGCCGUUGGUUCUCCAUUCAUUUGGAGACCAGUGGAGCAGCGACGCCAGAGAAUAAUACGAGCUGUGGUAGCCUUGUGGAAGCGUAACAGUAGUUGGCUUCGGCCAACAGAAGCGACAGAGAUAUCAUGGCGACGAUAGACGGCCGGCCGGCCCAAUAUGGUGUCACGCUUAAGCAACUCCGCGAGCUUAUGGAGCUCCGGGGGCGCGAAGGUGUCAGCAAAAUCAAUGGCUACGGUGGUGUGCAGGAGAUUUGUAAAAAGCUGUAUACUUCACCCAGUGAAGGUCUUAGUGGGUCAGCAGCGGACAUACAACAUAGGCGAGAUACAUUUGGUUCCAAUAUGAUACCCCCAAAACCACCAAAAACAUUUUUACAGUUAGUAUGGGAAGCGUUGCAAGAUGUCACAUUAAUCAUCUUAGAAGUAGCAGCAUUGGUUUCAUUAGGUCUUAGCUUUUAUCAGCCAGCUGAUGAGGAGGAGGAAGAAUCACCUUCAUUAGAUGAGGAUGAAGCGAAAUACGGUUGGAUUGAAGGACUCGCUAUAUUGAUUUCUGUAAUCGUGGUGGUCUUAGUGACGGCGUUUAAUGAUUAUUCCAAGGAGAGGCAGUUUAGAGGUCUUCAAAGUCGGAUAGAGGGAGAACACAAGUUCUCGGUUAUACGGCAAGGAGAAGUAAAACAAGUUUCCGUGUCUGACAUCGUCGUUGGUGACAUUUGUCAGAUAAAAUAUGGAGACCUGUUGCCUGCAGACGGUAUUCUUAUACAAAGCAACGAUCUCAAAGUGGAUGAAUCCAGUCUGACUGGAGAGUCAGAUCAUGUAAAGAAAGGGGAAUCGUUCGAUCCUAUGGUACUUUCAGGUACGCACGUGAUGGAGGGUUCCGGAAAAAUGUUAGUUUCCGCAGUAGGUGUUAACUCUCAGGCGGGCAUUAUCUUUACCCUGCUAGGCGCUGCUGUUGAUCAACAGGAGCAAGAAAUCAAGAAAAUGAAGAAAGAGGCUAAAAAGCAGCGGAAGAAGAAGUCAUUACCAGGAGAGGAAUCAGUAGAGAUUACCGGGAACAGUCAUGUGACCAGUAGCGGUGGCGGUGGCGGCGGUGGCGGCGGCGGCGGCGGUGGUAAGCACGAGGGCGGUGAGAAUCAUCAUGCGUCCGCGCCUGCAAGCGCCUCGGAGAGCAGCGGGAAGAAGGAAAAGAGUGUUCUGCAAGCCAAGCUAACGAAACUCGCCAUACAGAUCGGUUACGCCGGCUCCACCAUCGCGAUGCUCACCGUCGUCAUUCUAAUGAUACAGUUCUGCGUGACGACCUUCGUCAUCCAGGGCAAGCCGUGGCGGAACACGUACGCCGGUGAUCUUGUGCGGCAUCUGAUCAUCGGUGUCACGGUGCUCGUAGUCGCCGUACCCGAGGGUCUUCCUCUAGCCGUCACCCUGUCGCUCGCUUAUUCCGUCAAGAAAAUGAUGAAGGACAACAAUCUGGUGCGUCACUUGGACGCCUGCGAGACGAUGGGUAACGCCACCGCCAUUUGCUCGGACAAGACCGGCACCCUGACUACGAACCGCAUGACCGUGGUACAGUCGUAUAUAUGCGAGAAGAUGUGCAAGACGACGCCGAAUUUCUCGGACAUACCGAGCCACGUCGGCGAGCUGCUCAUACAGGCCAUCUCCAUCGAUUCGGCGUACACGUCGCGGAUAAUGGAGUCGCAAGACCCCACCGAAUUGCCGUUGCAGGUCGGCAACAAAACCGAAUGUGCCUUACUUGGAUUCGUACUAGCCCUGGGCAAGAAAUAUCAAACUGUGCGGGACGACUUCCCUGAGGAAACCUUUACGCGGGUGUAUACGUUUAAUAGCGUAAGGAAAAGCAUGUCCACCGUUAUCCCCAGGAAGGGUGGUGGAUUCAGGCUCUUCACCAAGGGCGCUUCCGAGAUCAUCAUGAAGAAAUGUGCCUUUAUAUAUGGUCGCGAAGGUCAUCUGGAAGCGUUUACCAGAGAUAUGCAAGAGCGUCUGGUAAAGAAUGUGAUCGAACCGAUGGCAUGCAACGGGCUGCGCACCAUCUCCAUCGCUUAUCGCGACUUUGUUCCUGGCAAGGCGGAGAUCAAUCAAGUUCACGUCGACAACGAGCCCAACUGGGACGAUGAGGAUAAUCUAGUGAACAACCUCACCUGCCUGUGCAUCGUCGGCAUCGAGGACCCGGUACGUCCCGAGGUACCGGACGCGAUCAAGAAAUGCCAGAAGGCCGGCAUCACCGUGCGCAUGGUGACGGGCGACAAUAUCAACACGGCGCGGUCCAUCGCGCUCAAGUGCGGCAUCCUGAAGCCGAACGAGGACUUCCUCAUUCUCGAAGGCAAGGAGUUCAAUCGCAGGAUUCGUGACACCAACGGCGAGGUGCAGCAACAUCUAUUGGACAAAGUGUGGCCGAAAUUGCGAGUACUGGCCAGGUCGUCGCCCACCGACAAGUACACCCUGGUGAAGGGCAUUAUUGACAGCAAGUCGACCGAGAGCCGAGAGGUCGUAGCGGUAACCGGCGACGGCACGAACGAUGGUCCGGCCUUGAAGAAGGCUGACGUCGGCUUCGCCAUGGGUAUCGCCGGCACGGACGUCGCCAAGGAGGCGUCCGACAUCAUUCUGACGGACGACAACUUCUCGUCGAUCGUGAAGGCGGUGAUGUGGGGCAGAAACGUCUACGACAGCAUCGCCAAGUUCCUGCAGUUCCAGCUGACCGUCAACGUGGUCGCCGUGAUCGUCGCUUUCAUCGGUGCUUGUGCCGUGCAGGACUCGCCGCUCAAGGCGGUGCAGAUGUUGUGGGUAAACCUAAUCAUGGACACGUUAGCGUCCCUCGCCUUGGCCACCGAAUUGCCUACGCCCGAUCUGCUCCUCCGUAGACCGUACGGUCGCACAAAACCACUUAUUUCCAGGACAAUGAUGAAAAAUAUUCUCGGUCAGGCCGUGUAUCAGUUGGGCGUAAUUUUCUCGCUUCUUUUCGCCGGUGACCUGAUGCUCGACAUCGACACGGGCCGCGGAGUGGCGGCGGCGGGCGGCGGACCCACGCAGCACUUCACCGUCAUCUUCAACACGUUCGUCAUGAUGACUCUCUUCAACGAAUUCAACGCCAGGAAAAUUCACGGUCAACGCAAUGUCUUCCAGGGAAUCUUCACCAACCCCAUCUUCUAUUCGAUUUGGGUCGGCACGUGUGCAUCGCAAGUUUUCAUCAUACAAUACGGUAAAAUGGCAUUCAGCACCAGAGCGCUCACGUUAGACCAGUGGUUGUGGUGCCUGUUCUUCGGAAUCGGUACGCUAAUAUGGGGCCAAAUAGUUACGACUAUUCCUACACGCCGAAUUCCCAAAAUUCUUUCAUGGGGCCGCGGCCAGCCGGAUGAUAUCGGCGCGAUCAAUCUAGGAGACGAGAAAUUCGACCCUGACUCGGAUAAAAAGCCGCGCGCAGGACAAAUUCUAUGGAUCCGUGGUCUAACACGGCUACAGACACAGACGAGCAAUAGAACUCUGGUGCAGAAUGUAUCUGUGACAGGCAGAUCCCCUUCUCAGGAUUACUACAUGCUUCGAGUAAUCAGAGCGUUCAAGUCGACUCUGGAAGAUCUGGAGGAGCGUCGCUCUGUCCAUAGUUUACACAGCUUACACAGUAUGCGCAGUUCACGCAGCCACACCGGGCCCCGACCACUCUCUGACUUCACAUACAUUGACGAAGACCCGACAAACACCACCACCACCUCCACCACCACCACCACCACCACCGCGCAGAACGUCGCCUACAAGUCCUCUAAUAAGAGUGCCGAGCCGAUGACGGGACAGGAUUACGAGACAAACUACAGAGGAUCCUCCAGGAUGCAACAGUCCCACAACAGCCCCGCCUCGCCGUUGUUGCUGAGCGUAACCGGACCGGCCAACGCGUACAAUCAUCAUUACACCAACACCAUCACCGACAAUCGUACCCCCUCCAGUAACGCCCUCAAUCAGCCCCUGAGCCCCAAUCAUACGGCGCAGACGAGCAGUAAUCGAGACAACACGGGGAACUCCCUACGUCUGAGCUCCAACAACCUGGUUCUACCGGAGCUGUCCAAGCUCGUGCACGAGACCAGCAUCUAAAGACUUUGUUCUUCUUCACUCUUUCUCUGUCUUUCUCUUCUCCGCAUAAUCAUCUCAUUCCGUCCCUCUCCAUGUUUCUCGCCUGUCGUUUAUUUCCCUCGAUUUAUCCAAGUUAGCUUUCCACUCUUUCUCCUUGUUUUCUCCGUUUACUCCGUGUCCGUCGAUUCAACGUCCUUUUCGAACGCCUCCACUCAUUCUUCACUUCCUCUACUAUGUAGAGGGACUUGUAUAUAUUCCUCCUUGUAGAUUUUCGCCCUCGUACGCUCGUACGGGAUCUCGCUCGAUCGUCAAGCGACGAGAGAAAUAUCGUCCACAAUCCCCGUCCACGUGCUCUUUUUUCUCAUGUGCCUCUUCUGAAAAUGCCAUCACUGUUUCCCUAUCCUUUUCUCUUUCUCUCUCGAGGACGUACUUACCGCGACCUUGCUUGUUCCGGCCACAGAAUUCUCUAUUUGCUCUCAAUUACUACUCUUUUUCUCUCUCUCUCUCUAUCCCGUUCCUUCCACCGCGUCCUCUCUGCCGGAUAUUUUUUUAUCACUCGCUCAAUGGGGACGACGGACUUGAUCUGAUCUCAAAGAAGUCGAAACGCGCCGACGACACACACACGAGCAAGGCGCGACAUUCGCAAAUCGCGGGCUACUGCCGAAUUUCGAGGGCUACGGUGUACUUAACGCGCGAUGCUCGCGAUGUGAUUGGGAAGGGGUGGGUAGGGGGGAAGGAUAUGGAUAACCGCGAAGAUGGAGAUUCUGUUCUGCGGGAUAUCGCGAUGGUUUGCGAAUGGCACGUUGUACGUUUUCUCGUACAGGGGUUAUACACAUCAUAAUAUUUACAGGGGUCUCGCUUUCUACCGCUUCUUUCCUACAACCAUCUAUAGCGGAUUGAAAGUACUAUUUUCGCAACUUAGAAUAGUGUUCUGGUGUUCUUCGUCUCUUAAACGACGGUGAUAUGAGCUGCGACGCAGGAAUGAAAAAUGAAAGCAAAGUUCAAAGUGUGGAUCGCGACAUAAGUUUUGAAUAUUCUUAAAAAAAUAAAUAUUCUUGAAAUUGAAUAUUAAUUAAAUAAUUAGUUCAUAAAUUGGGGCAUUUAAAGCCAUUGAUAUUAUAUUUUUUUGUUAGUUUGAAAUAAUAUUAGUUAAAUAAAAGAAAUAUUCUGUUUUAAUAUAAUGACAAGUACUGGAUCAAAAAUUUUCUAUAUCUUGCUUGCGUUAAAUUAUUGCAGCUCGUGUGACAAGCGCGAUAAUUAUCUACUGAAUUACUUAAUUAUUAAAUGACCAAUUCCAUUAUUCCGGAAGGAUGACGAUUGUACGCCGAUGUACAUGAAAAUAGUAUUUUAUCCGUACAUACUCGACAAACGUAGACAGCGCUUAAGUGCUUGUCCGCUUAUCAACUGAUCUCCCUGUACAACCGAUUACUUAUUUACCUCCUCAUUAACCUACUUGCACUAUCGACCAAUAAUUGGCGAUUAAAAAGCAAAUUCAGACAAAAACCUAAAGAAAGAUCAAGCUAUUUUAAAUGUAUUAUGUUCAAUGAAAGUAGAAGAAUUUAUUAUACGAAUCGUGUUUCGACAGUUUUAUGAUUUGGGAAAAUAAUCUGAAACGCGAAGAGUCUAAAGCAUUUCCACUCUCGAGAAACUGUUUGAUUUUUUCUUAAGUGUUCGCCAAUUUGACGAUCGGUAGUGAUCACCCGUCACUCGUUUGCUUGCCAGUUUGAGAUUGGAUGUGAAUGUGUCUGUUCGUUUGAUGACUGCGCGACGUAACUGGCGACCCGAUGGGGUUGUCGGGGACGACAACGACGUCACCGACGCCAAUCUACCUCGACAGAAAUAAAUCCUCGCGGACUAACACUUCGCUAACUGCCCUUCGCAAAUGCGACUAACAGAAAAAAAAAAGUAACAACCUUCCACCCCUCAUGCGGGGGGAUAAAAGACGCGCGCGCUUCGGCGCUGCGUGAGCACCGGCUCGAAUCGCGAUCGACAAUCGAAAAGCAUCCGAGAAAUCUGUUUACUUCGCACCACGAAUCUUCCCGCGUACACGCUGGGAAACGUCUUUCCCGUCUCGAGGCUGAAUGUACUUACACCUCCACCACUGCGCCUCGAUCUCUUCUAUUCUCACGACUUCACCGUCACUCUCGUGAACGGGCUCGGUUCUACAUUAUGCGAAGCGGAAAAUUAGGAAGAAUUUUGAAGCUGAAACUGCGUGCGAAUGAAAGGCAUUUGGAAUUCCUUUCGUAAACUUAUGUGAAUUUUUCACAAUGUCUAUUUGAUUUUUUUCUUAAAUUAAAGAAAUAUUUCAAAUAUUCCAAAUUCUAUAUUAAUUUAGCUUGCAAAUAUGCAGUCGAGAGAAAAAUACUUCAAAAAUAAGAUAAUCGAUAAUCGAUCUGCUUAUUCCCAAUUUUUAUCUUUAUUUAAAAAAAAACAAUUUUUUUUAACGUUGGAUUCAAAAAGACCACUUUAUUAUAGAUCCGGCCCCGAUCACGAGUUCUCCGCCUCGAAUCCUCUCUUCUCGGCGUGUCUCUAUUAUUUUGUGAUUAUCCUCGAGCAUCAUUCAUCCCUCUGUCUCUCUCUCUUUCUUUCUCUCUCUCUCUUUCUCUCUCUCUCUCUCUCUCUAUCUCUUUCUUAUUCUCUUGUCUAUCUCUUCUUGCCUGUCUCUCUCUCUUCGAAGAACCGAAUUGAGUCGGUCCUGGCGGUGAGGACCCGACCUGUCUCUCUUUCUCUCUCUCGACUGCUCGGGACGAAUCGCGGGGGCUCAGAGACA